CCUUCAACCCCUCCAUCCAUCCACUCGUUGUUGUUGUUAAGAGCGGGUGAUGGAGAAGCCGAGGGGCCGCUGCCGGCACCGCUAAGUUAAAGCGAACGAGAGAAAAGGUGAAGACAAAUAAAAUUUAACAAAAUAAAAUAAAAAUAAAAAAACCCCGACGGAUAAAAACGGCACCGGAAGGAACGGAGGAAUAGAAUGGAGACGGUUGAGCAGCUCGUGUCGUUCCACCACAUUCAGGUCCAGUUGAGCGGGGGCGCGCCUUGGGGGUUCACGUUGAAAGGCGGGCUCGAGCACGGCGAGCCGCUCAUCAUCACCAAAAUCGAGGACGGAGGGAAGGCCGCCCUGUGCGAGAAGCUGAAGGUCGGCGACGAGCUCAUUAACAUAAACGGGUCCGCCCUCUACGGCAGCAGACAGGAAGCCCUCAUCCUCAUCAAGGGGUCGUACAGGAUACUGAAGCUCACAGUCCGGAGGCGCAGCGUUCCUCUCAUCAGGCCUCACUCCUGGCACCUGGCAAAGCUAUCGGAGCAACCCCUCCCUCCCCCUCCCCCUCCUUGACUUGCCCUUGCAGUGGGGCCAGCUCUCCAGACCUUACUCCUCCACUGACCGAAGUAGUUCCCUCGGCUCCAUGGAGAGCUUGGACACACCAACACCCACCACACAGCCGUACUCCGACUCCCAUAAUUCACCUGUGGACCCCACCCUCUUCAACAACAAGAGAGACUCAGCCUACAGCUCAUUCUCCGCCAGCUCAAACACAUCCGACUACGCGGCGGUGCCACUAAGGCCCGGUGAAGCCUGCUCCAUGGAUAACCUCCUCCAGAGCCUGGGGCCGGGUUGUCGAAGCUACCCUGUUGGUGACACCUCAACCCUUGGGAGUUCAUCUGGCGAUACCCCGGAUGAGGCACAGCUUAUUGUACACAAGUCCAGGUCGCUGACCAGGCCAAGACCAAGGCCUGUUGAGGUAAAAGAAAGGCCUUCCUCCUGCUGUUAUGAUGAGGAGCGGAGGGGAGGAGACUUUGAGAUCAUAAGGAAUGGAGAAAGAGGAGCUGAGAGAAAGAUGAACCCUCCUCAGCCUCCAACCAGGAAGGAUAGUUUUAGGGCAACCCGGAGUCGCCCGAAUAUCGUAAACAAACGUUGUGCUUCUGCCCCUAUUGAAAUUUCCAGUGCUUCUUGUUACUAUGACGAAAAUAAGUCCUCUCUGAAUGUUGAAUCAGGAAUCCAUAAUGGCUUCCCUGCAGAGGAAGACAGUGACAAAACUGGGAAUUUCAAAGAGGAUACUUUAGACUCGCAUUAUAUCCAAAGACAGACUAAAGACAUUAGACAUAUCAAAUGUGAUACUAGUGCUAAUAAAGACAAUUCAGAGUCCACCUCAGAUCACCUCCCUGACCCAGUGACUGCCCCCCUUGUCCCCAUCACUUCCUCUUCUCCUGACUCCUUACCUGCAGAAACCUCCAUAGAGGUUCAAGGGCAGUCUCAUACAAUGCAAUCCCAGACCAAGCACUCCUCUACGGGGUUGCACCGGCACAGUGCCCCCGAGAAGCUUCUUGCUACACAGCUUCAGUUAUUGCAGUUUGACAGUGAAAGCUCUUCUUUGGAGCCUUACAAUCCGUCGAAUCCUCCAGAUCGCUCAUUGUCCCCUUGUAGCAGCCAGUGGUCCCAUUCAUCACUCCCCCCGAGGGGAGAAGACCAAGAAGCUUCUCACAACCACCUCCACGCCCCAUCAAACAAAUGGGAGGGCAGCCGUUGCUCAACCCCAGGAUCUGUGUUCUUGGAAGGGGAUGAUGAUGACGGAGGUUCAAGUGAGAGGCUAGAAGGGACGGGUGUUAAUGGUGGGUGCCUCCCCCCAGCUGAGCAUCACCACCCUUGGGGCCGCUCUGUGAGCGUACCAGGGGACCCCACUGGAUCGUCAGCCCAGGGAAGGUUGAGCUCUGAUCAGAUGCUAGAGAGAGAUUUUGAGCCUCUUAGUGCUGCUGCCAGUGUGGAUACCUUACUGGAGGAGCAGAGAGUAGUGGACAAAGGAAGACAUGGAGGUAAAAAACAGAAUGUAGAAGGAGAGACAAACAUGAAGAAGUCAAACUCGUCCAGGAACCAUUAUCGGAACCGCCGUCGUAACGAGCGAUUUGCUACCAACCUCCGCAAUGAGAUCCAGAGAAAAAAGGCCCAGCUUCAGAGUAGCCGUGGCCCAGGGGGGUUGCUCUGUAGUGGGGAAACUGUCCAGGAGGAAGAGGGUCCAGACUUCAAUGAGGAGGGGCCAGAUCAAGACCUGCCUGCCCAGGAAAGGAGUACCAAAGUUGCAUUUGCCUCACCUGCUAAUCCCCAAGAUGCAAGCACCACAGCACCAGUCGAGAAAUCAAACACCUCAAGUGAAUCAAACCAUGAUGUCUCACAGAUUCAGCCUCAGUCGACAACUUACGCUGAAAACAACAACUUAUCCAGGUCUGUCCAGAUUCUGGAUCCAGGGUUGCCCAGUUUUGGUGUUGGCAUUCGAGUUGUGGAGGAACCAGCUCCUGCUGGCAAAGCACGUCGCUGGCGUUGGACUCCCGAGCAUAAACUGCAACCAGAACCCGAACCAGAACCACGGUGUGGAGUCAAGGGUGAGAGGGUGUUUGGAGUCACAGGGUCACGGCACGGGGUUUGUGCCUUCACCUCCUCAUCUACUUCCUCAUAUCGCUCGUCUUCCUGUUCUCGGAUGGAUGAGUCAGAAAUCCUUCCAUUUGCAGAUAGAAUGAAGUUUUUUGAGGAGACGAGCAAGGGUAUAAAUGUCUCAAAUAUGUCCAGUCGCAGGCAGAAGAAACCCCCCCACCAUCCAGAGCUCCAGGGAGGGGAGCUCAGUCAACACCCAAACCAAAGGAGAUACUCCUACCAGGGGGGACUACAGCAGGAAAGUGCCCUGCUUACAAACACUAUGGAAGCUAGGAGGCUGUCUGUGAGUACCAGCAGGGAAAGACAGAAAGAGAAGGAGAGGGAACAAGCGAGAGAAAGGGAGGAGAAGGCAAGGGAGAGGCAAGAGAGGUUGAAAGAAAGGGAGAGGCAGCAGCAGGAGAAGGAAAGACAGGAGAGGGAAUUAGAAAUGGAGAGGGCAAGGCAGAGGGAGAUUCAGCGGGAGAGGGAACGAGAGGAGAGGAUGAGACAGUGGGAGAGGGAACGGGAGAGGGAGCUUGAGUUGGCGAGAGAAAAAGAGAUGGAGAGGGCCAGAGAGAAGGAACGACUCAAAAAAGAAAGAGAAAAAGAGCUUGAGAGAGAAAGAGAGAAGGAAAGGGAAGAAGAUGCUCAGCUCUCAUCACAUCAGGAGUUUUAUGGCGGUCCUGGCAUCAAAGAAAACUUCCACAACCAGCCUAAACCUCAGGCGUUCUCCCAUAGCCAAACCCAGAAUCAAGCCCCCCGAUCAGCUUUUUAUCCAGUCAGUACCUCCUCACAGCCCCUGGACAACCGACAACCUCUUCACCAGGGAUACACAGCGAGGAGCUACACACCUACAGAGACGUAUCCUGCCCAGCAACAGGAAACGACCAAGCUGAACAGGAAGUACAGCCUGACUGAGAGGGACUACUCGAGCUGGAGACGUGAGUCCAGACCCCCAGAGAGCAUUAAUCAGUAUCAUCAGCAGCCCCACCCGGGUCGAUGGGGCCCCCGACAGACCGACGAAGGCCGCAACGGAUACGCGUACGCUCCCCCGCCGGCUCCUCUCUCCCUCCGAGGCCGAGCCAUGUCUGAAAACGACCUCCGCUUCGACAGCAGCCACCGCUGGUCGCCGUCGAUGUACACCAGCCAGACCCUGAGCGAGGUGGAGGAAGGAGGACGAGACGCCGCCAGCACUGCCCGGUCAAACAGGAAGAAGACGCCGCCUCCCCCGAGACCGCCUCCCCCGAAGUGGGAGCAGUUCCACCGCAGACGAGCGUCCAACCACGCCCUGUUCUUCUCCUCUUCUUCUACAACUCCUCACUCCAUCCCUCCCUCCUUCGACACCCCAGAGGGCCACUAUUCGACUCGGCCCUCCUCCUCGUACAUCCCUCCGCACGAGACGUCCAGACAGAGGUCCUACAGUCUCCCUCCAGAGAGGCAGGAAGUGUCAGAGGGCUGCCCGCGCUGCAGCUGCGGCCAAACCCAGGAGCACUCAUUUCCCCACGCCUCGUCCAAUCAGAAUCAAGCCCACGUGCAGGAACACCCCUUCUCCCACCACGCUCCGUCCAAUCACAAUCAGGUGGAAUUUCAGGACCGGGCCUUCGCUGUUGCUCCGCCCAGUCCGAUGUUCUCCAGGAGGGGCUUCAGACCGGUGGCUCCGCCCCAGAGAGAGCGGGACCCGAGGAGCGCGUACGGCGAACAUCAGGAGAGGGUGGAGGUUUUAACGGCUCUACCGCCGCCGCCUCCGCCACCGCCAACGGACAGCAGCGUGAGCAGACAGAGAAACAGUGAAACCUCACAAACAGCAGAGACCAGGAGCCGAGUGGGAGAGGGCCCCGUCUCCCAGGGUUCAUAGCGACUCCACGCUUCCACCCGUCGUAGAAAACGGUGGCGUUUUACCUCCCGAAUCCUACUUCGCCAUCGACUACGAGCAGCAGCAGCAGCUCCGUAUGAACACAGGCUUUCAGAGCAUCGAUCCGCAGAAGAUCCCCGAACCGGGGACCGAAUCAGAGACGACCCUCAGCCCGAGUCCCGUGCACAGCCUGGAUACGGACCUGGACGUCCCCAUGGAAACGGACAUCGACGAUUUCCAGGAGGACGAGGGGCUUCCAGUGGAGGACGAGCCGAUCACCAGCGAGCUCCCGUGCUUCGCGCUGCCGGUGACCGUUCUGGAGACGGACAUCGACACCAUGCCGGACUCCGAGGCCUCGCCGUCGGGCCGGACGAGGGCGGAGAGCGGCUCGCUGGAGGAGGAGCUGGAGGCCGGGGAGGAGAGCGGCAGCAGCGGCAGGGAGAGGCUGAGCCUGGAGGAGUUCUUCCCCCAGAGCAGUGAGGGAGAGUCGGGCACGGAGAGCUGGAGAGGGGCCUACCAAACCACGGAGCACAACACCGACAGCUUGGAUAGGCGGUCCGGCGCGAGCUCCAGCUGUUCGUCCUAUUACAGCACGUCGGCGGCCAAAGCUCAGCUCCUGUCGCAGAUGAAGGACUUCACUGAUAACAGAGAGCGGCACGAGGACGACGAGCUGACCUACAAGAAACAGCUGAUGGAGAGCCUCCGCAAGAAGCUGGGAGUGCUGAGGGAAGCUCAGAGGGGACUGCAGGACGACAUCAGAGCCAACGCACAGCUGGGAGAGGAGGUGGAGAACAUGGUGGUGGCGGUGUGUAAGCCCAACGAGAUGGACAAGUUCCGCAUGUUCAUCGGCGAUCUGGACAAGGUGGUCAGCCUGCUGCUGUCGCUGUCCGGGCGUCUGCUGCGAGUGGAGACCACGCUGGACACACUGGACCCCGAGACGGAGCACCAUGAGAGGCUCCCCCUGCUGGAGAAGAAGCGUCAGCUCAUGAGGCAGCUGUCUGAGGCUCAGGACCUGAAGGACCACGUCGACCGCAGAGAGCAGGCCGUCAGCCGGGUGCUGGCCCGCUGCCUCUCCCCCGAGCAGCACCGAGACUACAGCCACUUUGUGAAGAUGAAGGCCGCCCUGCUGGUGGAGCAGAGGCAGCUGGAGGACAAGAUCCGGCUGGGAGAGGAGCAGCUGAGGGGGCUGAGGGAGAGCCUGGGGCUGGGGCUGGGAAUUGGGAUGGGAAUGUCAAUGGGAUACGGACAUUACUGAAAGAAAAGCAGCCUAAAGAGAUGAAGAGGCGGUGGGGGGGGGGCUACUUAAAGGAAUAGUUUGACAUUUUGGGAAUAUAUUAGAUGAAAAGAUACCACUGUCAUGUCUGUACACUGUCCAAAAGUAACACAAAUCUCUAAAACUCACUGUUUUAACAUCUCAUUUGACUUCCUGGAGUCUUUAUGCUAAGCUAAGCUAACCGCCUUCCUGGGCAUAGCUUCAUAUUUAGUGUUCCAAGAUGUCAAACUAUUCCCGUUAUAGCACGUAGAUCCAGAGGUUCCAGGACCAAAAAACACCAUGAAUGUUUUUGAGUCGACUCCAAACACACGAUGAAGGCCGAGACCAAAACAGGACGAGUCCAAGGUGGAGGUCCAAAGAAAAGACUGGACUUUGGUGCUACAGAAGUUUGAGCGUGGACUCACAGAAAUCAGAUAAAUCCUCCAAACACUAAAACCAGAAACCAUCCUGACAACAGAACCGUGUUCAGAGAUCAAAGACGAUAAAAGGACAUUACAGGAGGAAUUUUCUCCCGAAUUUCAUCCAAGUAAAAGAAAGUGGGGGAGGAAAAGGAUUCAAACUGAGGUUGUCACUUCACUAAGAAUGUAAAAUAAAGCCUGAUAAUAACCACAUUUUUACUCUCUGUGGCCACAGUAAGGUCAAAAAUUAUACCUUCCCGCUUCACAUUGUGUGCCUGAAACAUGUACUGUAAAACUAAUGACACUUAUUCUAACCACACUACGUUGCCAAAGACAUUUUGUCACUGAGACGCUGCUUUAUUUUGUUUGUUGUGUGUUUUCUUUUUGUAUUUAAAUCUCCUGGUUCAGAGAAUCGAAGGAGACACUAAGAAACUGUGUUUUCCGUUAACAACACUAAAGUCCACGUUGUGAGACGCAGCCGUAUUAACUGCCACUGUGGGAAGUUAGCUAAUUUCUCCCUUUUUUUUUGUAUUAUCUUUGUUGCUGGCUGACACAACCCGCGUUCAGCAGUUACAUAUACUGUAUUAUCGAUCAUAAUAUCAGCAUAUCACAUCACUUUAUUACUGUAAUGUGUUACCGCGUGCGAGUUUGAGACUCCACCGACUCGUUAUACUGUCACAUAUUAACUGUUAUGUACAGAAGACACUUGUGUUUAUAAUGUAUACGAUGUGUAUAUAGUGAUUGUGCUUUGUGAAAUGACUGGAAUCGGUUGUAAAAACAGAAAAAGAGGA